AUGGGACUCAAGUUUGAUCAUGACCUGGAUGCAGGAGGAGACGUGCUCCUUACCCUCCGGAACCCUAAUGAGCCGUUCGCUGUCUGGGGAGAGGACGAGCAUUGGGAGCUACCACGACCUCCACCACCUGUGCCCAAGAGUGAGCAUUUAUCGGGGUACCGUCUGUUUGAUCCGGCAUGGAUGGAAACAGAGCAAGCUGAACCAGUCGACCAAUUCGGAUUCGGAGUUGAUGCUCCUGUGGUGGAGGAGGUGCCAGCAGACCAGUUCGAAACAUUUCAACAAGAUAUGCCAGAGGUGCCUGUGGAGCCUCAGGUGUUAGUCGGCCUGUCCAACUUGUCGGUGGAGCAAGCAUCAGAGGCAUCAGAAGUCUCAGAAACAGUGGGGCCCAGACAGAUGCUGUCUGAAGGCGAUGAAGUUGUCAGCAACGAAAGCAAUGUUGACGGGGCCCUGGGAGGAGAAUGCCUCACGAACUGA